GGUUUGAAAGAGUAAGAACUAUGACACUACGAUCUGCAUUUCCUUUGCUGACUUUUAGAAAAAAAUCCAUACUUGGCCGAUUCAUCUUCUUCACCUGCAAUUCCUCUUCGACAUCGAAAAUGGCGGAGUUGAAGUUCAUGGGUAUGGAUUUAGUUGUUGUUGCCGGGUCGCUGAAAGACGGUAGAAUUCGAGAAGAUUGUCUCCUUCCCCUUAUAUCCAAGCCUGGCUACUGCAUCGUUGCCGCUUCAACAACCGUUAAACUUCCUCAGUUCCUAUUGUAUAAUCUCUACUCUGUGAAAUCCUUACAUAAUUUCUCAUUGCUAUCUGUAGAUCUUAAAAUCGUGAAUCACAAAAGUGUUAGAGGGCUUAGUCUUGUUGCAUUUGAGCUUGAGGUAAUUGGUUAUACCAUUGCCUUGGCUUAUUGUCUCCAUAAAGGGCUUCCAUUUUCAGCUUUUGGGGAGUUGGCAUUUCUCUUGAUUCAAGCUAUAAUUUGUGCUAUAAUCUAUUACUUCUCACAACCUCUUGGUACCACAACUUGGCUUAGGGCAUAUUGUGGUAUAGCACCUACAAUCUUAGCUGGCCGUAUCGAUCCUAUUCUGUUUGAAGCACUAUAUGCUUCUCAGCAUGCAAUAUUUUUCUGUGCUAGAGUUCCACAAAUUUGGGAAAACUAUAAAAACAAGAGCACAGGCCAACUGAGCUUCCUUACGUCCUUUAUGAAUUUUGCUGGUUCAUUGGUGAGGGUAUUUACGAGUCUCCAGGAAAAGGCUCAACUAGUGUUCUUAUGGGUUUCUGUGAUUGGUAUUGCGACGAACGGGACCAUAUUAAGUCAGAUAAUCAUAUACCAGAAGACACCCACGAGCAAGGACAAGAAAAAGGAGUAGUAGAAGGAUCCAGCAUUCAUUGUUUGAUUGUUGGUUCUCACUUCUUCAUAUCCUCUUUCUUUCUUUCUAUCUUGAAUGCAUGCAACAAAAGGAACAGAAGUAGAAUCUUAUUUUAAGACUGUUAAUGUUCUUUCCAUACUCUUUUUAACAAGAAAGAAGACUUUGAUAGAAUCAAAUA